UUAUUGGUUUUCGAGACGACUGCUCACCUAUGAAAUCAUUGGCGGUUUCUGACUUUUUUUGAGGCGGUGGGACGGGGUUUGGAGAUUUGGUUAUUUCGUGGGCCGAAAUUCGUGAUCAACGGUGACUUUAGUUUUUGAUCCCCCGAAAACAGGAAACCGAAUUUGGUCGACUAAUUAUUCCGGGGAUAAAAACAGCGAAAUGGAUUUCAAGAUGGAAUGAAACUCUGCGGUAAAAGCUGAUGAUCAAUGAUCCAACUGCAAACAGUAACACAUGCAUGCAGUCCGCGGAAGUGACAGGUGUGUCGCGAAGUUUAGUUCCACAUAGAUUCCGUACUUGACCUGGCAGAAACUAUACAGUAUCCACGUAUUCCACGAUAGGAAUGAGCAAGAAACCUGCAAAUACAAGGGAACUAAAUAUCAAUGAAAAGUGGGUCCUUCUCUUCUUUGUGGCGACUUAUGGACACUUAAUAGGAGAUGCUCUGGCUACCAACGCUCCCAUAUUUCAGUGCAAGCUCGUCAACAGCAAUUCAAACGAAACCGACCAAUCAAAAGGAUCCAAUCUACAAGCCAAAAAACCUGUAUUUUUAGUCCAUGGUUUGUUCGACGCUAGCUUAAUGCUUCCACUUAAACAUAGGAUACAGGAGGCAUUCCCGGGCACCAUGGUUGAAUUACCAGCAGAUUUUAGCGGGUUUAGAAGCAUGACAGCACUUGACAAGCAAGUAAAAGGAUCUUUUGGAGAAAAAUUUCGAAACUUCUCGGACAGACAUCCAGGAGGAAUCACCGUAAUUGGAUAUUCGCAAGGAGCUAUUUUGGCUCGAGCUUUCAUUCAAAGUUACCCCCAACAUAACGUUGACAACUUCAUAGCUGUUGCGGGACCUCUGGACGGACAGUACGGAUUCGUAGGAUUCAACGAGUUCAUGUAUGAAUUUCUUGAGCUGGGGUCGUUCCUGGGAUAUACGUCAAACGUUGCCUACGACCUUUUUGCUCAGAAUUAUCUUUCGCUUGCCAACAUGUGGCACGACCCGUUCCAACAAGAAAGGCAUUUAAAAUACAACACCUUCCUCUCAACAUACAACAACUUGGUCUCCCAUGAAAGAAGUGACGAUUAUAAGAACGCUUUCGUCAAACUGAGGAAGCUCAUCACCAUCACAGGACCGAAUGAUUUGGUGCUGUAUCCGUGGAAGAGUGGUGAAUUCGCAUACUACAGCGUGAAAGCCACGAGCCACGAUAGAAUAAUUGAUAAUUUUACGGAGCGUGAAAUCUACAUAAAGGACACAUUCGGGCUGAAAACUCUGCACGAGUUAGGAAGGAUCAUCAAUAUUGUUCAUCCUGGUCUCUCACAUCUUGAUUGGGUCACGGAUGACUACGUCAUAGACAAUUUCAUUCUUCCUAAUCUUGCAUAAUACUUAUAUGAUGUAUCUAGGAUUCAUACAGGAACAAUGUUACAAUGAACUAAGUUACAAUGGGGCUUGACGCAUUUCGUUUGUGAUUUAGUCGAACUUCAGGCAGCCAGUUUUACUGACCCCGACUUGAAGUUGUUGAUAUUUUACGUGAAUUUAGUCACUUCAGCAUUAAAAACGCUUAGGUACAGGAUGACCAUGAUAACAAUUGGAAAAUAUUUUAGUUGAAUUACAUGGCGCAGGCAAUUAGCAAUCGCCGGAAAAGGUCACCGGUGAGUAAAUAGAAAAUCAUGAAAUUUAGGGAAAAUGAAAACAAGAUAGGAGUGCUAAUUAUUUUGCACUCUAUGUGAAUAGCUACUUUUUCUCCCGUAGAACAGAGUGGUAGCAACAGCGUAUUAAAUAAUUAACUGCCAUGUGUCUAACAGGCAUACGCGAGAGAGCGUAUGCAGUGAAAUUCAUGACUUUAGUUGGGUUUAAAUCGGACAUGCAACUAAACUAACUCCGUGGCAAAGCGUAGAGUAUCACGAAAAAUGAAGGCGUUCCAAGCCGACAUCAUGAGUUUGAAGGUCAUUCAAUACCAUCAAACCUUCAUUAUGCCGACGCCUAUUAUUGCGAUUUAGCGAAACAAGACGUGCGCACUGCCUGCAGACUGUCGGGUGUCGGCGAUUGUUAAUUGCGUGCUACAUAUACACGCCAACAAUUUGAUAAUUGACAUCUAUUGAGAUAAGAAAGUCGUUAGUCAGUUAGUUAAUUGACUAUGAGCUACAAUGGAUAUUUACAAAUAACGCAGCAAAUAGGCACCAUAUUUGUACAUGUUUUCGGUGUGUCUAGUUUACUUGAAUUGUUAUUAAACCAUGUGCGUAAAUUGUUAAACGGGUUCAUCCUUUUAAGAGAAAUUGCAUGAGGAUUGGGAGUUU